AUGAAUACAUCAUCCCGACAAAUUGCGACCUUCUACACCGGUUCAGACUCAUCGUCACUAUAUAGCGAAGACGAAGGCAGAUCUGACAGCAAUCUGUUGGGCACGCAAUCCCACCAUCGGUCGUCCUUGGAGCCUAACAUAAGAGGUUUGCCUUGUGACGAUGCACGAGACUUUGACGGGACUCCUGCGUCGUCAUUUACAAAGGUGCUCACAAGUUCAGAUCUAAAUGACGGUCAAGGAUUUAACCUGGAUGCUUCCGGCAACUACACGCCUGCUUGCCGCUUGGAGACUCAACAAGAGGCUAGAGCACGUCGUUCCCAAAGCGUAACCGAAGCAACACCUCUAGAACACAACGUCUGGCGGGAUACUACCCUAGAUGAGUCCAAAACAUAUUUGCAGCGAAUUCUGGCAGAGCACGAUGCUACUAAUGAGGGCUCAAGCUCAGACGAGUAUCGGAAGCAAGACCAGAUCAACGGGGAACGUAGCGCUCGGCAUGUGGCGCUCGCUAGUCGCAACAUGUGUCCGAUCAAUUCGAACGCCGGCUCUUUACGACACAGACGCGAAACCCUCUUGUCAACGACGUCGCUUAUUUCGACUGACUCGGGAGAGCAGACUGAAUUUUCCUACCAAACUGAUGGAUACCACAACAUGCUCCAGGAUGGUACGCAUACUUUAGACACUGCGGAGGAUAUCUUCCAACCAGUAACGCCGAGGCCUCGAGCAUUGACACUUUCAGACACUCCCUCUAAACGGCAGCUGCAUAGCUCCAGCUCACUUGCGUCCGACGGGUCAGCACACCAAUCUACCGCACUAUCAGGGCUCGAUGAAGCUGAUGGGGAGUCUGACAAGCUUUUGUCUACCGGAGCGUCUGAUCAACGGAUUCAAAGAUCAACUCGUCGCUCGUCGCUCGCGGCACGACGUCAAGGACGGGCUGACUGGCGAAAUCGCGCCUUGUUGUCAUCAACUGGACAGAUGUAUGGCCUGAGAGAUCGUGGAGAAGGUUACGUGGCCGGUCGUUAUGUGACAGUGAUCGAAGAAGAUGCGCAACCAGAAAAAGAGAAGCGGAGACGAGACGCAUGGAAGCGCGUAUCAUGCUUCUAG